AUGGCCACCAUGCAACAGGUGUUCGCCGGCUACCAUGCCCGCCAGACCGUCCUGGAAUCCAGCAACAACCCCUUCGCCAAGGGAGUAGCCUGGGUAGAAGGCGAGCUUGUCCCUCUCGCCAAAGCACGCAUCCCACUUCUCGACCAAGGCUUCAUGCACAGCGACCUGACCUACGAUGUCCCCUCCGUCUGGGACGGCCGCUGCACGAAACUGCGACUAAACCUGCCUCUGCCCCGCGAGAAAGUCAAACGAAUCCUAGUGGACAUGGUAGCCAAGAGCGGCAUCCGCGACGCUUUCGUCGAGCUGAUCGUGACACGGGGCCUGAAGGGCGUCGGACGUAGCAAGCCCGAGGAAAUCGUCAACAAGCUCUACAUGUUCAUUCAGUCGUAUGUCUGGGUCAUGGAGCCGGAGGAACAGCUUGUCGGAGGCCACGCUGUAAUCGCACGUACUGUGCACCGUAUACCUCCCAGCGCAAUGGAUCCCAGAGUCAAGAACCUGCAAUGGGGCGACCUGGUACGCGGGCUUUUCGAGGCAGCCGAUCGUGGCGCCUCGUACCCGAUUCUCACGGACGGGGAUGGCAAUCUUACCGAGGGAUCCGGGUUCAAUAUUGUUCUGGUCAAAGAUGGGGUGCUCUGUACGCCUGAUCGCGGUGUGCUGGAGGGCAUCACGCGCAGGAGUGUGAUUGACGUUGCUCAAUCCGACGGACUGGAUACUCGUGUUGAGGGGGUGCCCAUUGACAUGGCGUAUCACUGCGACGAGGUGUUUAUGAGCACCACGGCUGGAGGUAUCAUGCCCAUCACGUCGUUGGAUGGCCGCCCUGUGAACGGAGGUCAAAUUGGUCCUAUCACCAAGACAAUUUGGGACGGGUACUGGGCUAUGCAUUAUGAUCCGGGCUACGGCUUCGAGAUUGAUUAUGAGGCGCAAGGUGGCAGUGUAUAG